UAAUGAAAUUCCUUCUAUGUCAGACAACAUGUGGCUUAUCGAAGGUUGCGCAGCGCUGUUAAUAACCCAAAACCACUAAGCAAAUAUGAGCGAAAUGUAAAAGUGGCUUAUAUCAUGUCAGGCAAUCAAGAAGAGGGUACAAAGGAAUACAUCAUAAAGUCAGUUUUCAUGAGGUUGUCUCGUGAACGAUUAACUUUAGGAAAUUGUGGCUUGCUCGAAGGCUUAUUGAAAGUCAUCGGAUCAUUGAUGUGGCGAGGUAUCGUAUCGUCUUGAAUAUGAGCGAGAUAUUUAUAUAAGAAACUUCAUUCACGUAUUAGACGCUUUAGAUUUUAUCUUAUAGCAAUUGAACAUGUCGAGCAGGAAAACCCAGUUAUUUUCAGAUCCUAUGUUAGAGUACCUUGAUGAGAAGCAAGACAAUUCCUUCUUUAAGAAAACAACCAAAGCCAUUCAACAGUUGAUUUCUAGUCCGAGUGAAAAUAACUCUAAAGUGGUCUCGUCAAAUCCUGGAAAACUUGUUCAAGGUGUCGACGUACAAGUAUCAGAUCAAUUAUUUCUAUCGAAAUUUGGUAAAGAAGUGAUUUCAGAAGACUGUCUUUCAUUAUCCAGGGAAGCUUUUGUGUCUGAAAAUGACAACGCUACGAUUAGAAAUCCAUUUUCCAAUGGAGUAGCAUGCACGAUUAUGAAUCGUCAAAAUAAAUUAUACUUAAAAUGUUCUAAAGAUUCCGUUUUUCAACAUACCCCAUUGGAAGAAAAGGUUUACGAAUUUCAGGAUGACGAAGUUACUGUACAGAAACGCAUGGACGUAUUUUUUAGAAAGUAUAGAUCGGAUGCAUUAAGUCUCUGCAUGCAUUUUGCAACAGGAAACUUUACCAUGCCAAUUUUAAUCCGACAUGUAUUCUUAUACGACUAUUAUCCAAAAGAAAUACAGGAUUCCAUUUGGAGAGCUAUGCUUGUUUAUAUAUCCCAGCAGGUGAAGAAUGGGACUUACACAUUGUUUCACUAUCAUUGCGCUCAGAGAAAGGUUGGAAAUAUUCGUAUGUAUCUUGUAAAGCCAGAUGAUAUAUACCGUUUUCAAAAUCAGUCCGAUUGGGCAGCUAUUAGUAACAAGCGAUUUUUAUGUUAUAUGCACCUUGCGGAUGAGUCCGAACAGAUUGUAAUGAAAAGAGAAAAAGUUUGCAAGGAGUAUUUUGCUGAUGUAGAAAUUUCUAAAGGCGAUCUCGGCUGGCUCUUUUUUAUCCUCUCUAUAGGAGUAAAUGCUAAGGCUUUCCCUGUUCACUACUAUAUUAAAUCCAUUGCUCCUGGAGUACUACGGAAUGACGAUGAAGAUUGCAUCUUCACAUACCGCCCAAAGGAUUCCCUUCUAUUUCAGAAGAGUUCUCAUCGUUUAAGAAUGACUGAAUGGCUGAAAGAAUUAAGGUCUGAUCUGGAGAUUUGCAAAGAUCAACGAUUUAGACAAAUAAAAAAGAGCAUUUAUAUGCAGCCUUUCUUUCAUUUGACCAAACCUAUCGGUUGCUCUGAUAAUAUUAGCAACUCCCAAAGCUACCUGUGCACUUAAAAAAGAAAGACCCCUUUUUUUCUUGUUUCUUUCUCUUUUAAUUCGGUUUCUAUUUAUGGUAUGUUAUCAUUAUUUAUAAUGUUGCGCUUAUAAUGUCCUUUUGUGCUUCGUUUUUGUUUACUUUAGUUUCUGGUUUCCAACUUUUCAUGUUUACUUUCGUUUUUAUUACGUCUCGUCUUCUAUUUUUUACGUUCGUUAAUAUUAAAUAAACA